UGUUUUGUCCCUUAACACCCAUAAAUAUAACCCACUACACCCAUUUCUUCCAUUCCACACUCCAACAACCAACACAAAGCAGCAACAAUUUCAAUUUCACAUUCACAACAAAACACAAACACAACACAAAGAAACAUAGCAAUAACAACAUGAAACUAGUAUGGUCCCCAGAGAGAGCAACAAACUCAUACAUCGACACAGUUCAAGCGAUAACCACCAUCAAUCACCUUUCUAGCGAAUCCGGUGCGGCGGAGCUGGUAUCCUCUAUGGCAGCAGGAUGGAACGCUCAGCUGAUAGUAGAAACAUGGUCACACGGCGGAGUUAUCCCAACGAGUGUUGGUUUAUCCAUAGCAAGCGGUCACACAGGUGGAAGACACGUGUGCAUAGUUCCUGAUGAACAAUCAAGAUCAGAGUAUGCAAAAAACAUGGGAGAAGCUGGUAUGUCGCCGGAGAUUAUAGUUGGAGAACCAGAAGAAGUUAUGGAUGGUUUAGUAGGAAUAGAUUUCUUGGUUGUUGAUUCUCGGAGAAAGGAUUUUACAAGAGUGUUGAGGUUAGCAAAGUUGAGUGGUAAAGGUGCUGUGUUGAUAUGUAAAAAUGCUAAUUUUAUUUCUAAGAUGGAUUCUGGUUAUAUAUGGCGGAGCGUGGUGGCGCGGGGAUCACGGCGACUUGUUCGAUCGGUAUUUCUUCCGGUGGGGAAGGGAAUUCAUAUGGCACACUUCUCGGCUGCUGGUGGCGACAACUCUGUUGCGGCCAUGAAGCAUAAGGGACGUGCUGUUCAUAAUAGAUGGAUUAAGCAUGUUGAUCAACGAUCAGGAGAUGUCCACUUCAUUAGAAAAUGAGAAAUGUAUAUAGUGAGAUUUCAUGUUAAAUUCCAAUAUCCAUAUCAUUUUUUUUCCAUUUCUUUUUUGUAAAUACGGUUGAAUAUGAUUAUGGAUAUAUCAAACGGAACAUAGGUGAAAAGGCUGUUAAUUAACAAGGAAGAGCUUACCCGCUAGAUUUAUCAUCUAGCUUCUUUUUCUCUUCUAGGACAUUUUUUUUUGGUGAAGAAACCUUGAUGUAUA